UCUAGAAUUUUUUUAGGUGUUUUGUGAGAUUCUUUUGUAAUUUGUGGAGGUGUAGUGUGUGUAGCAAUGUGUAUAUUUUCACCCCAAGUAUAAGCAAUCACCCUUUUGGUGGUUCCCCUGUCCCUUUUACCUUAAUUUUUUUUCCCUUCUAAAAGUUGGAAAGUGCUGUAUAUUUUCCACCUUCCUCUCCCCACCAUUUUCUUUCUUUCACCACCCACAAAAACCCAAAUGGGGUGGCUUCAAUCCCUCUUCUCCCCAUUGAAGAAGCUCUGGUUCCGCCUCCACGCCACACCCAGCAAAACAGGAAGAGGGAUAUACAUUUUGUACGACGAUGUGAAGUCGUGCCCGUACGAAGAUGUUCAUGUUCUGUGGUCGAUACUGGUGGAGGCCAAUUCCCCUCUGCAGCCACAGCAGCAGCCAUCAAAGCAGCAAUGAGCAAGAGCAGUAGUAUCAUUGCAGAACUGCACCUUGGAUCGCGGCGGAAAUGACACAUACAUUCGAGCUCAACCGUACCCUCAUCUUUGUACAUAGUAACAAUAAUUAAACCGUAUUUAUAUUCGUGUUUUAUUAAAACAUAGACAGACAUUAGGAAUGCUCAUCAUCUUUUUUGGUCCUUCCCCUGUUUUCUUUGCUUUCCCCUGUUCUUGUAUAUGCUUUCCUUCUGGCGUUUUUGGGAUCUUCCAUUGAACAUGCUUAGACGGCAGUGAAACCCUAAAGGGGAAUUUGGUGGGUAGGAAUCAUGGGGGGAAAUGGUGUUUCUAGAUUUCUUCUUGUUCUUCAAAGUGAGCUGUGCUCUGUCUCUCUCUGGCGAUAGUUGCUUUGUCAGUUUCAGCGGUUGAGAAGGGCGGGGGGUGACGGUUUGUCUCUUCUUUCAAUUCAUGUAUGGUUACCGAAGUUGACUCUGCGAAAAGCGAAAGAUAUCUGAAGGGA